AGUACUUCCGGUGUACAGAGGCAGUCAGUAGAUGGUCCGAAAGUCAUGACAGAACUACAGAAAAGACGCAGUGAGUGCUCAGAAGAAUGUCAUUCACAUGAGCCCAUGACUCAUGAAGAUGUGAAGGAUUACUAUGGAAAGAAAUUGCAGAAAAGCUCAGACCUCAAGACUAAUGCUUGCAUUGCCCCGGCCAAACCCGUCCCAGCCUUCAUCCGUAACGUCCUGGCAGAGGUGCAUCCUGAGGUCACCAGCAGGUACUACGGCUGUGGCCUGGUGGUACCAGAAUGCCUGGAGCACUGCAGGCUGUUGGACCUGGGCUGUGGCAGCGGGCGGGACUGCUACAUGCUGAGCCGGCUGGUGGGAGAGAAGGGUCACAUCACAGGCAUUGACAUGACAGAGGAACAGCUUGAAGUUGCCAGGAAACACAUUGGAUACCACACUCAGAAGUUUGGCUUCAGCAAGCCUAACGUGGAGUUUGUUCACGGCUACAUCGAGGCCCUAACAAAAGCAGGACUGGAAGCAAGUUCUUAUGAUGUUAUAAUAUCAAACUGUGUGGUGAAUCUGUCUCAAGACAAGACAAGUGUGCUGAGGGAGGCUUUCCGUGUGCUGAAGGAUGGGGGAGAGCUGUAUUUCAGUGAUAUUUACAGCAGCAGCAGGCUCCCAGAGGAGAUCAGGUCCCACAAAGUUCUGUGGGGUGAGUGUCUUGGCGGAGCGCUGUGGUGGGAGGACCUGAUGCGAUUAGCAGCGGAAGUGGGUUUCAGCACCCCCCGACUGGUCACUGCCAACACCAUCACCGUGGGCAACAAGGAGCUGGAGAGCCUCCUCGGUGACUACAAGUUCGUCUCUGCAACUUAUCGUCUCUUCAAGAUCCCGAAGAAUGCUGAAAAAAAGGACUGUCUUGUCAUCUACAAUGGGAAUAUCACUGGAUUUGAGAAGUCCCUGGAGUUUGACUGUCACUAUACUUUCAAGGAGAAUGAGAUGGUGAAAGUGGAUGGAGAGGUGGCCAGCAUACUGAAGAAUUCCAGGUUUGAGGAAGAGUUUACAUUCCAGCCAGAUGCAGAGAUGCCACUCCCUGGAUCUUGUUGUGUUUCACCAAAGGUUGUCCUUGUGAACCCCUUUGAACUUGCUGAGAAGUUUGAAAGUGCCAGUGUAUCUCCAGCCACAGGGGGGUGCUGUGGAACACAGGCAUCUUGCUGCAAAUGAGAGGACCAGACCACAAAGAGGAAAAGACCAUUGCUCACCAUACUGCCAUUGACUCAGCAGCCAAAUACAUUAGUAUAUAAUUGCAUACUAUAAAUAUGUGUAAAGAUAAUAAAUAUGAAUGUUACUUUUGAAAUCAUUUUUCUAAUUAAACUGGAAAGUUGACAUUUCAACAGAAAAGCACCUUGUUGAUUAAAGCUUGUGACAAAUCAUUAAAUCUACAAAUGUUAAACUUAAGAGUUUAUA